CUGUUGAGAAAUGUCACCAGAAUUAAUUGUGCGGCAUCGCAAUCGUGUGCAGUUUGGUGUGGCAGCAAUACGGUGGAUCAAAGUUCAACCAUGAAACUAGCCGUGCUCGCAGUGAUAUAUCUGAUUAUCACCGUUAAAUCAUCAAAAGCUUACACCGAGUUAUCAAACAAUCGGACAAGUUCUGGUGUUGAGAUGACAAAUGGCAUAAGAACCCCUUAUAAAGACUUCCAACUAAGCAAUUCGUUACAAAGUGGAAGCAGCAUUUUGACAACAGCAAGCGUCACUGGUGGCAAAACCCCUUUAAGCGAGAGCAAAAGCUUUGUGUCCUUUGACGAUCCAACUUUCUCAAAUGUUCCGUUGAGUUCAAUGAAAAAAUUGCCUCGACAUCAAAGAGCUAUUGCAGCAAUCGCGGAAGAAAAAGGUCUCCUUCACGCUGCUAUCGGUGGUGAGCGCAUACUGCGGCGUGGCAAGCGAUAUUUGCAAUUCGCCAAAGGUUCUCGUGUCUCGUGGCGUACAAAUGGCAAAAAUAACAUCUUAAAUGUUAACACACUUUGGGGUUAUGGCUAUGGCUUUCGCGUGAACUUUCCAUUUCCUGGUCCCGACGAAUCGCGUCGUCCAUUUUUCAAGCGCGAUGUUUUGCAUUCACUCGAAGAUGUCCUCAAUGGACAUGGCUUAGAUGGACGCGCUUGUGUUUUGAAAUCUUAUUGUACAGCUAUCUUGGAUGUGGACUCAAAUAUUAGCGGUGGCAUGCUCUUUAAAAUGCUGAAAUUGAUAUUUACCUUGCACGAGCACGACAAACGCCACUUCUCCUAUCUACGCCUUGAUAAUUGCAAACAAAUUUUACACAGCCAUUGCCCACUGAGUUUCGAUAGCAUUUCACCAUACACCGAUGAUAUUUGAAAAAGCGUAAAUAAAUAAAUUAAAUAAAAAGGAAAAUAAAUAAUGCUUAUUUGUCAACAACUAAAUUGCAAUGAAAUAAUAUUAAAUAAAGAAUAAAAUU